AUGACCACCAAACAAGCCAAGAGGAAAGAGGUGCAUCGUAUCAACUCAGCGCAUGGCUCCGAGAAAUCUAAGGAUCAAUUCUAUUUUAGUAGUAGUGCACAGAGCUCUGUGGAGCAGAGGAAGGGGAAAUUCCCGAUCUGGCCAGAAUGGAGCGAAGCUGACAUAAAUGCAGAAAAGUGGGACGCAGGAAAAGGAGUAAAAGAAAAGGACAAAAUGGGGAAAAGCCCUGUAUUUCAUUUUUUUGAAGACCCUGAGGGCAAGAUUGAAUUACCACCAUCACUGAAAAUGUAUUCCUGGAAACGUCCACAGGACUUUUUAAUUAAUCAGGUUCCAGUAGUUGUGAAGAAUGAAAGCCUGUUUGACUUGUUUUCAGUAAAUGAACAUUUGCUCUGCAGUGAGCUGAUGAGAUGGAUUAUCAGUGAAAUCUAUGCAGUGUGGAAGAUAUUCAAUGGGUCUGUUAUGAGCAAUAAUUUUAAAGGGACCACAGGGGAACCUCCUCUUCUCUUCUGGAAGCCCUGGGAACACAUAUACUCUCUGUGCAAGGCCGUGAAGGGUCACAUGCCUUUGUACAACAGCUAUGGCAAAUAUGUUGUGAAGCUUUACUGGAUGGGUUGCUGGAGAAAGAUAACCAUUGAUGACUUUAUGCCUUUUGAUGAAGAUAACAAUCUAUUACUUCCAGCUACAACUUGUGAAUUUGAACUCUGGCCAAUGCUUUUGUCUAAAGCUAUCAUCAAGCUGGCAAAUAUUGAUAUCCAUAUAGCAGAGAAGAGGGAACUGGGAGAGACCACCGUUAUUCAUGCUCUUACAGGAUGGUUGCCGGAAGUCAUUCCUCUCCACCCACAAUAUAAGGACAAAGUUUGGGAGCUUUUGAAAGAAAUAUUGCCUGAAUUUAAGCUGAUGGAUGUGUCCUGCUCUGAGAGCAGAACAACAGAAGUAGAUGCCAAAUUAAAGGAACCAGGGAAAGAAGUGAAGGAUGGGAAAGAUGUAAAAGAUGGCAAAGAAUUCAAACCCGAACCUUCCGCUACCACACUAAAAUCACUUGAGAAAAGUGAUAAAGUUCUAAAGGAAAAAGCAGAUUUAAAAGACUUUGGAAAGAAGAAGAGUAAAGAUGGAGAAAAGGAAAAGGAAAAAUUCAAAUGGUCAUUUCACGGUUCCAGACCCUCCUCAGAUGUACAACACUCUCUGCUGUCUCUGUCAGACUGUUCUUCGGGAAUACAGCCCCCUUACAUGGUUGUAUACGCGACCUUUACACCUCUCUACUUGUUUGAAAAGAAGAUCUUUUCAUUAGAGAGGAUGGCCACUUCUGCUGAGAAGCUGAGAGAAUAUGGCCUGUCCCACAUCUGCAGCCAUCCUGUGCUGGUGACCAGAACCAGGUCUUGCCCUCUUAUAGCACCCCCGAAAACACCCCCAGUGCCUCCCUGGAAACUCUUUCGUCAAAAAAGGAAAACUGUUAUAACAGAUGAACCUCAAGAAAUAAUUGUAAAGAAGCCUGAACAGUUUCUUGAGAUAUCAAGUCCAUUUUUGAACUAUAGAAUGACUCCGUUUACAAUUCCAACAGAAACUCAUUUUGUACAAUCUUUUGUUAAGAAAGGGAUGCCCCUGGUGUCUGGUUUAUCUUCCCUUACUGAAAAUGAUGAAACUGCAACCUUGACCAUGUCAGACAUAAGUCAAGUAACAGGAACUACAUCUCAGGGUAACAUUGCUUUACAAGUUACGCAUGGAAAAGGUAAAGAAGAACUAAUAGACCUUGGAUUGAAUGAACCAGCCCGUACAAUUGACAGAUUCAGUUUGGAAAAAGAUUUGCUCGGCGUGAUGCCAACAAUACCAGAUAAAUCACAGGAGGAUCUUAUAGCAAUGAAUACUAGUGUUUCUAAAGAAAUAUGGUUAGAUUUUGAAGACUUCUGUGUAUGUUUUCAGAAUCUAUUCAUUUUCCACAAGCCAAAUUCAUAUUGCUUUAACUUUCAAAAAUCAGAAUUUAAGUUCUCAGAUGAGCGUGUGUCCUACUAUCUAUUUGUGGAUAGUCUAAAACCUAUUGAACUACUCAUUUGCUUUUCUGCGUUGGUACGCUGGGGAGAAUCUGGAGCUCUUACGAAGGACAGCCCCCCCGUCGAGCCCGGACUGCUCACAGUGGAAACGUUUUCCUGGAAAUCUCUGAAGCCACGUGAUCUCAUUCUGACCAUCCACACUUACAACACCAAGGCGUCUGUGGUUCGCCUGCCCAUUGGGAGACACCUGCUGCUCCUCACUGUAAGCUCCGUGGUGGGACACUCCUUACACGUCUGCAGUGCAGCAAGUUUUGUCAUCGGCGACGAGGACACGGUGCUGCCCUACUUUGAGCCGGAGAGCUACCGGUUCACGGAGCAGUCUCUCAUGAUCUUGAAGGCUGUUGGAAAUGUGAUCGCUAAUUUCAGAGAUAAGGGUAAACUUUCUGCAGCUCUGAAGGACCUGCAGACAGCCCUCUACCCGGUGCCCCUGCACAACAAAGAGCUAACCGCACAGCACUUCAGGGUUUUUCACAUUUCCUUAUGGCGUUUAAUGAAAAAAGCUCAAGUAACAAAACCUCCUUCAAACUUUAAAUUUGCAUUCCGUGCUAUGGUUUUGGACUUGGAUGUACUCGGUUCCUCCUCAGAGGACACUCCUUUAGGGGAAUGGGUAGAUGUUAAAUACUGUGCCCCAUUAAGUGAUAAUGGGGCAGUAAUAGCAGCGACUAAAAUCCAAGCCAUGUGGAGAGGGACUUACAUCAGAUUGCUUAUGAAAGCUAGGACGCCAGACACAAAGGAAAAUGCCAUUGUUGCAGAUACUCUCCAAAAAGUUUGGGCUGCAAUGGAAGUUAAUAUAGAACAGUAUGCAGUUUCCCUCUUAAGACUAAUGUUUAAAAGCAAGUGCAAGUCCAUUGAAUCUUAUCCAUGCUAUCAAGAUGAAGAAACUAAGAUUGCUUUUGCUGACUAUACUGUAACGUAUGCAGACCAGCCACCAAAUAGUUGGUUUAUAGUAUUCAGAGAAACAUUUUUCAUUCAUCAAGACAUGCUUUUGGUUCCCAAAGUAUAUACUACACUUCCAGUCUGUAUGCUCCAUGUCGUUAACAAUGACACGAUGGAGCUAGUGCCAAAGAUAUUCCAAAGAGUGGUGCCUCACCUUUACACCAAGAACAAGAAAGGAUACGCAUUUGUGGCUGAAGCAUAUACUGGUGACACUUAUGCAUCAUCCUCACGAUGGAAACUGCGUCUCAUCGGUUCCUAUAGUCCACUCCCAAGCCUCUCUCGAGAUUUUCCAUGCAGCACCUUUGUCACAAAAGAAAUCAGAGAUUACUAUAUACCCAAUGAUAAGAAAAUUUUAUUCAGGUAUUCAGUGAAAGCGACCGUACCACAUCCUGUGACAAUUCAUGUGCGCACGUCCAAGCCGGACGCGUUCAUCAAGCUACAGAUCCUGGAAAAUGAAGAAGUUGUAGUGAGCGCCACUGGGAAAGGCCAAGCUAUAAUCCCAGUGUUUAACUUCUUGGGGAAUGAAAAAUCUCUGAGCUCCCAGUCCAGCAGGCAAAUUCUUUCUGUUCAUACUCCAACCAAGAAAGAGCAAGAAUUUUAUGUUAAGAAGAAAUCUGCCCCGGGAAGUCAGAAAUCCUACAAGGGUAGACCCGGAAGUGCAGUAGUAGACACUGGUCAGCUUAUUUUGGAAGAUGAAACUAUCAGUAUACCCACCAUAGAAGAAAAUGCUAGCGUACUACAGCAGGUUUCCAAGUAUAUUAUACAGUGUUUAGUAUUGUAUGACAGUUGGCAGCUCACUGAAAGUCAACAGAUGUUUGUUCAAGCACUAAAAGACUUGGAGAAAUAUGAUAACAAAGCUCAUGGUGAAAAACAUGAGGAAUUUAUUUCCUUGGGAAGCCCGGAUUCCCACGCUAUUAGUGAGGGGCAAAAAUCUUCAGGAACAUCCAAAACAGUACGGAAAGGCAAAGAAAAGUCUUCUGAGAAAGAAAAGGCAGCCAGAGAAAAGCAAGCACCUCGCUUUGAGUCUCAGAUAUCCACUGUGCAAUCCCAACAAGGAGACCCAAAUAAACCCUACUGGAUUUUGAGGUUGGUCACUGAACACAAUGACGCCGACUCCCUAGAAGUGAAGAAAGAUACAGAACGAGCCGAUGAGAUCCGAGCCAUGAAGCAAGCCUGGGAGACAGCAGAGCCAGGAAGAGCCAUCAAGGCCUCCCAGGCCCGUCUGCAUUACCUCAGCCAGUUCCUUAAGAAAACCCCGGACGCCGAGAGCGUGCCUGUGCCCAGUUCAGAAAGCCAGUCAAGGGCAGCGGAGGAAGAAACAGCUGCAAAAGAGCCAGAAAAAAAGAGUUCUGGGAAUGUGGAGAUCAAAGAGGAAACACCGUCGGGGACUAUGCUGUGGACGAAGUGGCACACGACCAAGACCUUAAAGGAUCUGACCAAAUCGGUAAGCAGUGAGAGCAGAGGGAAGGAGGACCAUGAACAGACCUAUCGGAAGGAAAAUAUCAGAACAGGGCCAAGUUCACGAUCCCAAACAAUUUUGGAAAUGUCUCCACGACUUAUUCGAAAAGCACUAGAAGGUGUAGAUUUAACUCAAUAUGUACGGAAAACAAACACUGAGCCUCUGCUGCAAACGGCUGAACUGAAUCAGCAGCAGGCAAUGCAGAAGGCAGAGGAGAUUCAUCAGUUUCGACAGUAUAGGGCCAGAAUUCUUAGCAUUCGAGACAUUGACCAAGAAGAACGGGUUAAGUUACAGGAUAAAGUCCUGGAGAUGUAUUCGGACAUGCGGGACUCCUUGGAUGACGCGCGCCAGAAGAUCUUCGCUGUCCGGGAGGAGUACAGGAACAAGCUGCUGGACGCCGAGCGCCUGCGGCUGGAGGCCCUGGCUGCCGAGGAGGCCGCGCGGGCCGAGCUGGAGAAGAGCUCCGCCUCCGACAAAGAGAAGAAGAAGAAAGGAAAGAAAAAGUGA